UGUAUGAAUCACGAGUGCAGGAUAACCACCAACUCCUCUCGUGUGGAUUUACACUUUACUAAAGUUUACUUUCGACGAGAAUGAAUCAGGAGUUAAUGCAAAGAACUCAUCCUGAGGCCAAAGUGUCACGUUUCCAAAACCUGUCUAGACAAAUCUAGCAUGCUCCCUUCAUUCCAGCUGUCUCUGGGAUGGAGAAAGCCAAGAUACAUGAAGAUCUGAUGACACCCGGGGUGCGGUGGAUUGAUGAUUAAGAAUCGAGGGAAAUUGCCCAAGGUGCUUUAAAUCCAAUAAGACAUCUGCAAAGUUCCUGUAGGAUUGGGCAAACGCAAGCUUGGAGCUCUUGAGAAACGGAUUGUAUCAUUUCUGUUGUCUAAACAAAAGCGGCCACAUGAAUAUUUCAACAGUGCUAAUUUAGCUGGAUUACUUUCAACACGCAAUGCCUUUUAAAAGAGAUGCAAAGAUCGACCGGCCAGAGACCGGAAUUGGCAGAUUUUAUGCAUGAUCAGCCGGACGGCAGUCAGUCUUACAACAUUCCGAUUCUGAGCCGGAAGUCUGAUUCCUGUGAGGCAGAUUCUGUCGAGAUGGCGUCUGCAAACAUUUCCACUCAGUCUCUGCCCUCCUGCACCUAUAAUGAAGACUUUAAGCGUUACCUCCUCCCAUGCAUCUACAGCCUGGUCUUCAUCUUCGGUCUGCCGCUCAACUUCAUCAUCAUCCUGCGCAUCUGGGGCUGUCGGCGCGCGCUGACGCGCACCAAGAUCUACAUGCUGAAUCUGGCGGUUGCGGACUUUCUGUACGUCUGCUCACUGCCGCUCCUCAUCUACAACUACGCCAGCAAAGACUACUGGCCGUUUGGAGACCUCGCCUGUCGCCUGGUGCGCUUUCAGUUCUACAGCAACUUGCACGGCAGCAUCUUCUUCCUCACCUGCAUCAGUCUCCAGCGUUACCUGGGAAUCUGUCACCCGCUGACGCCGUGGCCCAGACGAGGCGGGCGCAAGCUGGCCUGGAUCAUCUGCGCGUGCGUCUGGGUGACCGUGGCGGUGCUUUGCGCUCCUACGUUCGAAUUCGCCGCCACCGGCACCCAGCGCAACCGCACGGUGUGCUACGACCUGAGCGUGCCGGAGCGCGCGCUCGAGUAUUUCCCGUACGGCAUCGCAUUGACGUGUCUGGGCUUCGUCUUACCGUUUGUGGUCAUCUUGGUGCUUUACUGUAAAAUGGCAAAGGUUCUUUGCCAACCAUGUGAAGCUAGAGGAGACUCGGCGGAGGCAAAGACUAAAGCUGUUAAGAUGAUCAUCAUCGUAAUGUUAGUAUUUGCGAUCAGCUUUUUGCCGUUCCACCUGACAAAGACGCUUUACCUGUUGGUGAGGACCUUUCCCACAGCAUCCUGUGAACUGAGGAACUUGUUGUCUGUGGUCUACAAAAGCACCAGACCCUUUGCCAGUAUGAACAGCGUACUGGAUCCCAUUCUGUUUUACUUCACCCAACCCAAAUACAGACGCAGUACGCGAUCUUUACUACUUAAGAUCACUUCACAGAAAGAGCAAAAGUAAGGUUGACUUACCCUUAUGAAAAUUAACCAUGGUUUUACUAAAGUGAAAAAAACAUGGUUACCAAAACACAAUCAUGCUUUUGGGAACCAUGGUCUUUCUUUAUUCGUCAUGCCAUCCCAGCAUCUAUGGCUAUUUAUGGCAAGAACCGGUUAAUCCAUAAACAAGUUGAUCAACACACAGGUUAGGGGAGGGGCAUGCAGUUUGGUAUCUCCAAUUCACCCAACUUGCAUGUUUUGGCCCGUGGGAGGAUUCCGGAGAACCAGGAGUAAACCGUCCACACUGACACAGGGAGAACAUGCAAGGCACCUGACCUAGGGACCCGGGGCUCAAAGCGGGGACCUUCUUGCUGUGUAUGGUUUUCGAAUACCAUAGUAAAACCAUGGUUUUGCUAGUACUAAUCAACACACCAAAAAAAUACGGUUACUUCACUUUUUACCACAAAAACCCAUGGUUAAUUUUCGUAAGGGUUGUUGUGAGUGGGCCUUAAAUUGUAUUAACAUACACUUAGAACAUGUGUGCUAUAUCUGAAUAUUAUGCUAUAACACACCAUGAAGUUUAAACAUUAGCUCCUAUAAUAUAUCAAUGAUGUUUUGUGUAUGAAGCGAUACAAGUGUAUGUGUACAAUGAAGAUUGACUAAAGAAAUGUGACUUUUGACUCAUACAGUGUUUCUGUAAUAAAAACAUUUAAAGGGUUUUUAUACCCUGUGAAUGGGGAAUGUGGAUGGAGAGUUUGCCAGAUUUUACCUGGCUGGGUUUCAUUCAGUUACCAAAUCUCUUAAAAAUCAAGGUCCCCAAAAGGGUCUUUUUUACAAAACCUUUCUUUUGCACAAAAGCUUCUUUGUUAAGGUCCUACUGACUACAAAAAGGUAUGAAGAACUUGUACUUUUGACUUGGAUCUUUGGAGAACCAGAAAUGAUUUUGCUUUGGCAUCGCUGCAAAGACCCCUUUAACAAGCUUGAUUUUUAAGAGUGUAGGUUCAGCUGAUCUGUGAAGAGGUAAAGGAUUUUAUUCAAAAGCAGAUUUUCAGUCAAAGUCUGUAGAAAUUAACAAAACUAAUGUAAGAAGUGUAGGAGUAAAAAUGUGAUGGUGUCAUUAUGCGUCUAAUAUUAAGCGGAUUCUAACAAAAGCUCCAUCUGGGUAACACAGGACUGCCACAUCUGCAGCACAUUAUCUGAUAGUCAUUAUCUCAUUGUGUCUGAUGACUUAAUUCGAUGUCCUGCAUGUCUUUUGUGUCAUGUUAUUGGUUGCACAUGUUCAGUGCCUGAUCCAGGAACAGAGAAAUUUUGUAAAACUCACUCUGUGUUGAUGCGUGGCAUUAAAAAACAAGGCAAUUACAUUGUAUUUAAAAUACUUUACUUGAUGUUUAAGCUUUAAAAUGAUCAAAACUAUAAUAGCUGUAUUAAAAACAAGAAGAAAAUCAAAGCAGAAUUCACGUUUGCAAGUGAAAAAAGUAGUAGAAAACACUGCACUGUAAAAUGAUUUUUUGCUGCCUGGGAUUUUUUUUUUUUUCAUUUUAACUUAUCUUGACUAGAGAUUAGUUGUUAUAACUUUUAAAAUAUAUUUGAAAUAAGUAAAGAUAAAUACUUGUAAAAAAAAAAAUUAAGGCAGCAAAUAAUUUUAUACAAUAAUUUUAUCUGUACUGUGACAUAGGCUUUUGCAUUAUAAAUGAAUGUAUGCACAUUUCCUCCACUUGGCCAGUAUCAUGUCUGUGUAAUUUUGUAUUUAUCUUUAUAAAGAUGAAUUAAUUUUGUCAUUGAAUGAAGGGUGGCACAAGUUCUGCUGAACUACUGGUCUGCGUCUUAAAUUGAAUAAACUGCCGGUAGAUGGCUCACUGUACUCACACAACAAAAGGCAGACACUGCUACCGUCUAAAUAUUGCAUGACAAAGUAUUAUUGUUGCAUUUACAUCGUAAAAUACACUCUACAAUCUAUACCCAUAUAAUGAAGAAAUUGUAAAGUUAAUAUAGUGCAAAUCUAUUGUCUUUCUACUUGUGUCUAUAUUGUCGUUUGUCUGUACAAAAACAUUUACAAGUGCAUAUACAAAAUAUACUCAAUGAUAAAUGCUUGUCUUAAUAACAGUUAAUGUUCAAAGAAAAUGAAUGUUUGUUUCAUAUAUGAAUAUAAAUACGUGAAGUAGAUGUUAAUAUAAUAAAUAAAAUCACAUUUUUGUCCUAAAUGUACUUUAUUCAUUUUGAAUCUCUGAAUA